AUGUUCGUUUUGAGAAGCGCGCUACGAAGAGGCGCUGCUACAGUUCGUUUUUAUCGCACAAAGCCUAAAAUGCUCAGCGAGCUGGCCAAAUCCCACGGAACCGACAAAUUCGCCGUCUACGUCUCCACCUUCAUGCUCUCCUACAUCGGAAUCAUGCUCACAGAAGACAUGUCUGCCGACGACAUCGCCGAAAGUCUCCACAGCUUCAAGCUCGCCCUGCGAAAGACCAACUUCGCCGACGAGGUCAGAGAAAUCACGAAGCAUUCGACAAGCUAUCUGGCAGAUGAGCAUCCGCGAAAGACCUUUUUGGCCGCGACGCUGGGCAUUUAUGUUUUGAUGACGAAAAUAAAUUCCAUUUCUUUGUAA